AUGGCUACUACCAAACCUCUCAUCUGUGUCGUCGGCGCAACUGGAAAUACGGGCAAGAACAUUGUUGACGACCUCCUCAAAUCCGCCAAAUUCCGCGUCGUUGCGUUCACCCGCCCUUCGUCCUCUCCAAAGCCCGACGUGGAAACCAUGUGCGCCAGGGGUGUCGAGAUACGACACGCCGACCUCCUAGACGGCGUCGAGAAGCUCAAGGCCGCGCUGGAGGGCAUCGACGUCGUCAUCAGCGCCGUCACUGCUCUCUCCAUCCUCGACCAGAAGGACCUCGUUCGCGCCGCCAAAGAAGUCGGCGUCAAGCGCUUCAUCCCCUGCGACUUUGGCACUCCUGGGGCCAAGGGCGUCCGCGUGCUCUUCGACGACGUACGUACAUAA